CUUACUGCUAUAGGGAGUACUAUAAUGCUGGAUUUUUUUCCCCUUUUAAGUAAGUGUAUGAACAGACCCACAAUCUUGCUUUCUUUUUCCUUCAUGCUUCAGUGUAGAAGAAAGCAAUUAGUGUACUUAAAACACUUGUGCUUCAGAGGUAGGCAGCACUAUGCUUGCAGCUCGCCAGGUCUCUAUCUAGGGAGCUGGUCCUGGACACUUCAUACUAUUGGCCAACUCCAGGAGCGCGAUCCGCCUCGCAGCUAGGCUGGGUUGCAAACAGGCAGAACCAGAUUCCCCAAGUAGAAAGUAAUCAAUUUGCCUGUCUACUGGAGUUGCAGAAGUCAGCUUCUCUCUCGCACCGCCACACUCAAAGAUGAGCCCUUGGACAAUUAUUUAAGAACUAGGAGCAGAAGGCAUGCAGAAAAUACUUACUGGAAUGCCACUCAAGACACGAUACUCAGGCAAAUAUUCAAAGCGAUGUUUUUCAGAUUAUACUGGAGCUUACCCUGGGGAGUUCGUUUGUAAAGGAUAACACUGAAAGACUUUCACCGCACAGGAUUAAAAGGCAUAAGUAAUUGUCUUUAUCAAGACUUGCCCAACCACAUGUCAUCAGUUUGGAGAGAUUCCCUGAUGAGUAACAAAUUAAAGUUAUAAAAAGUCAAAGAUUCUUGCAAUACCAUUAGAACAUUUGACAAGGAUAUGAAAACUGUGUUCCUAAACCGGUCAGCUAUGAAGAUGCCUACCAAAACAAAUACAAACUUAAUCACCAGUGGAUCUGCAUGAUAAAAAUCGUGGGGUGUUGGGAAAAGCCCUUCUUGGAGAUAAGGGCUCCUUGGUCAACGUUCCAUCCAGGUGCAUAACAUGUUACAGAUAUUCCUCCAUGGAUAUUGCUGUGUUCAAUAACACAGGCAGGCAUUCAACAGUGUGAUUUUAUUUUUAUUGUGGACAUUUAGUUAUAAAACAGCUGCAUCAAGCUGACAAUUUCUCUUUUUCUUUUUUUCUGGAUUGAUUGUUUUUAACAUGGAAGAUGUCUUCAAGCAAGCUCCUAAAAUAUUUACAGGACUUUUUUCUUUAUUUGAAAGCAAAUACGGAAAUUUAGAAUGACUGCACAGGCCAGGCUGAGCGUUAUACCCACAGUCAUUUGAAAGCAAACUAAGAAAAUAUUGGAUAUUGGAGUUAACUCCCUGUCUUGCAAGAGAGGAAAAGAACAAGCUAAGAAAAACUGAGUACAAAAACCAUGAGAGACCGCCUCCAAGAGCUUAAACUGAGAGUUAAGGAACUGCAGAUAGUUGGAGAAAACAACCACCCACCUGUACAAGAUGAGCAGGAAGUGUUUGAACAGCAGGCCAUUAUUUACGAACGGGAACCCAUAACUGAAAGGCACUUCCAUGAAAUCCAGAAGCUUCAGAAUGAAAUCAAUAAUUUGGUGGAUGAAGUUCAUAAAUUUAGUCAACAACAAAAGAGCCUAGUGUCUUCAAUGAGAAGAUUCAGUGUUCUUAAAAAGGAAUCUAACAUAGCAAGAGAAAUCAAAAUUCAAGCAGAACAUGUAAGAAAGGGUUUGGAUGAACUGUCAAAAACAGUGAAAAAAGCUGAAAGUGAACAUGGGUUAUCAUCUGCCGUAGUAAGAAUUCUAUCCUCCCAGCAUGCUUUCCUAUCCCGGUGUUACCUAAAUGCUAUGCUCUCCUACAAUGAAGCUAUAACAGUCAAGCAAGAGAAAUGCAGAAGGUUUAUCGUUCGUCAGCUUGAAGUAGCUGGUAAGGAGGUAUCUGAGGAAGAAGUCAAUGACAUGCUUCAACAAGGAAAAUGGGAUAUUUUCAAUGAAAACCUACUCACUGAAGUCAAAAUAACAAAAGCGCAACUUUCAGAGAUUGAACAGAGACACAAAGAACUAGUCAGUCUGGAGAACCAGAUCAAAGACUUGAAGGAACUUUUUAUCCAGAUAUCGCUUCUGGUGGAGGAGCAAGGGGAGAUGAUCAACAACAUAGAAAUCAGUAUGAACAACACUCAAGAAUACACUCAAAUAUCUAGAGAAAAAUUUGGACUUGCAGUCAAAUAUCGGAAAAGAAACCCUUGCAAAGCAAUAUGCUGCUGGUGCUGUCCAUGCUGCAAAUGACAACGCUGUUUGAAAAGAAGCUGUUUGAAGCAGCAACCGUUCCUAUUUAGUAGAAGUUCCUUAUUAGGCAGCCGCAGAAUCCUUCUAUUGAUUCAUUUUUCUUCCUAUUUCUCCUUCCACACACCUCUCAGGAAAAACUGCAUCUGUUUUUUCCAAACUGAGUUAGAAAAAUGCAAGGAGAUCUUCAUUUAUCCCUGAAUUUUAUGAUGUUCACAGAAACAUGUGAACUAGAAGGAAGAAUCAAAGAAGACGAGUGACACUUCCUUGUUCUGCUCAUAAGGAACAGAAACAACAUGGCAAUGUCUCCCAUGCUUUUGGGAAACAUCAAAAGGAUUGUUAAUCUCAGAAAAGAUUCAUAAGACUGGUUGAAUCACCUUUUAUAAAAUAAUAUUCAGUAUUUUUUUAAUUGCCUUGCUGUUUUUUGUUUUUAGUCCUCAUAUUUACUUGUUUUUGUUGUUGUUGUUGUUGUUUGUUUUUUCCCAAGAAUUUAGAGUUCUACAAAUAAAACCUACACAAAGUAGACAUCCUCAACAACAACGUAGAACCUGA